CGCUCAGUGUCGUCUUGUUGGCUGUCGCGUUCGUGUGCGCGCACUGAGAAAAACGGAACGCCACAGUUGCACUUUGCGGUGCAAUUUCUAUAUUCCUCGAGUCCCCCGAUUUCUGAGUUGCCGUUGCCCCCGUGCGAAGUGCGUGCGCUUUGGCCAAAACAACUACCAAAACGCGUACCGCAGCUUACAAGAUACAACCAAUAAAAUAAUAGGCACAAAGAAUAAUAAUAGAGGAAAGAAACCCCUGCUGUGGAGGGCAUUUGCAUUUUGUUUACCUCGAUGGCUGUGUGGAGUGCAAUUUGACGAUUAUAUAAUAUAAAACAAAAGAAAUAGGGAAAACAAAUAAAAGUGCGCGGCAUUCGAUUUUAAUUGCAAGCAACUACAAUAACCACUGAAGAAGAAGAAUCUUUUGCAGUAAUAUGUUGCCUUUAAAUCAAUUGGGAAACCAACAACCAAAGUUAACGCAACGUUUCUAAAACUUAAAAUCUAAAUACCACAUAAUAAGUACACAAUAAAAAUACACAAUAAAAUUAAAACCAAACCAAAAGUGGCCUGCAAAACGAAGCAACUAAAACAACCAAGAAAUGUGAUUCACAGUGUGCAAUGUAACCAAAUUAUUAGUAAAAAAGCAAACCAAAAACCAAAGGAAAAACCGUGAAAAAUCAGCGGAACACCCGAAGCCAGGCCAAAUGGAAAUCAAGGAAUCCGGUAGCCAAUCGAAUAGCCAACUAGCAGCCAUCGUGGCCAAUGAUUAAGGGAGCACUCUGUUAGCCAACUCGUAGUAGCAGCAUUCCCCGUCCACACAUUACACCCAAAACACAGCCACUCAGCCACACAGAUCCACUCGACCUCCCCUCGCAGCCCUCGAUGCCCGGCAAGAAGGCGUUGGAGCAACAAUUAUAGAAUAGACAGACAGCCAGACAACCACAUCAGCUCCGAACUCCAAGCUCCAGCUCCAGUUCCAAUUCAACCUCAAUCCCGACAUAAAUCGCCCAACAUGGACAUCAAGAUUGAGCAGCAGCAGCAGCAGCAACAGCAAGUGGAGCUGGGACCCUGUUCCCCGUCGGAGGUGCCCAAUGAUCCUGGAAAAAUGUUCAUUGGCGGCCUCAGUUGGCAGACAAGUCCAGAGAGCUUACGCGAUUACUUUGGACGUUAUGGUGAUAUCUCAGAGGCUAUGGUCAUGAAGGAUCCCACGACGCGCAGAUCCAGAGGCUUCGGCUUUGUCACAUUCAGCGAUCCAAAUAGCGUAGAUAAGGUACUCACCCAAGGCACACACGAGCUGGAUGGCAAAAAGGUCGAUCCAAAAGUAGCUUUUCCGCGCCGUGCACAUCCCAAGAUGGUGACGAGAACGAAGAAAAUCUUUGUGGGUGGCCUCUCGGCGCCCACCACACUGGAGGAUGUCAAAAGUUACUUCGAACAGUUUGGUCCGAUCGAGGAUGCCAUGUUGAUGUUUGAUAAGCAGACCAAUCGGCACAGAGGUUUUGGCUUCGUUACAUUUCAAAGCGAAGAUGUGGUAGACAAAGUUUGCGAAAUUCAUUUCCACGAGAUAAACAACAAAAUGGUCGAGUGCAAGAAGGCGCAGCCGAAGGAGGUGAUGCUGCCGGCCAAUCUGGCCAAGACGCGGGCUGCCGGGCGCUCCGCAUACGGUGAGUUGGUAGUCUGGGGUAGCAGCCACGCCCAUUCGACGGCGGCCACGUCCGCCGCCGCCGCCGGUCUGCUGCCGAGUAGUUUAGCCGCUGCCGCCUCCGUGCUGCAGCAGCACCAGCAGCAGCAGCACCAACAGCAGCAGCAGCAACAACAACAGCAGCAGCAGCAUCAGCAUCACCAGCAGCUGCACCACACACACACCCAUCCACACGCUCAGUCACCUGCCCACAACCACAGCCACGCCCACCACCACCCACACAGCCAGUUGUUGGGCUCACUGCGCUACACGCCCUAUCCGCUGCCCGCCCAUUUGUCAGCGGCAGCAGUUGUUGCCGCCCAGCAGCAACACCAGCAACAGCAGCAGCAGCAACAACAGCAGGCCGUGGCCGCCCAACAGCAGCAACAGCAGCAAAGUUUGGCCCAAGUGGUGGCCGCUGCCGCUGGUGCUGCACCGGGCCUGCUGCCGCUCGCCAAUACCGCUCCGCCUGCCACGCCCUCUCUGCUGCAGUUCGCAGCCGGUCAGAGCAAUGCCGCCCUGGCCAAUUCGUUAUACGCGGACGCGGCUGCCGUCGUCGGCUAUAAGCGACUGCUGGCAGCGGCAGCGGUCAGCAGCGGUCUCCGCGCACCGCCGAGUACCGCUCUGGGCGCUUUGCAAGCGGCCGCCGCCAAUGCACCCGCUGCCGCCGCCGCCGCCCAGCUACAGCAGGCCCAAUUGCGCCAGAACGCCGCCCUGGCCGCCGCCCACUAUCCGCUCAGCGAACUGCUGGCCAUGCAGGGCGGCAUGGAGAUGGGCUCCGGCGCCAAUUCCGCGGCGGCAGCGGCGGCCUCGCUGUACCAGCUGCCCGGAAUCUGACCGCCCAGGCCACAGUGAGCCCUCUAAUAAAUAGAUUAGCAUUAAUUUGCAAAACUUCAAUCUUCAGUAUCAUUUGCCAGACUCACGAGCUCUCUUGACUUGGCACUCCCUUUGAUCAGCUACCCAAGUUUAAAACAUUUCCCAAAAUAUAAAUCUUUAAUAUCUUAUGAUAUAAGAACACCAAGCUAAAUUCUCAAUCUCGUUUCCGUUGAUUUUCAAAGACUGACAUCAUAAAUUCCAUUACAUUUCAAGCCCUUGAUUUGGAAACUAUAAAUUGUUUCAUCUAAAAACAAUUUUUUUAAACACUUUAAUUUUGGUGGCUUUGUUUGUCAAGAUUGCCAUUAAAAUCAGAUAUUUAAAGAUAUAAACCAGUUUCUAACUCUUUAAUACAAUUAGAAAUAUAUUUUAAAAGAUCAUUUAAGCGAAAAUAAUUCAUUCAUUGCAGAGCUAUUUCUUAACUACUUCCACUAUCUGAUGAUAGUUCAAGCUGGCACCCCUUAUUACACAAAAAAACACACUUUCACUAAACACAACACACACUCGACUACACCUAUAUAUAUGACUCUCAUUCCGUCUCAAUGUCCAAAAAAUAUGUUAAGCGGCUAGGCCUAGGAUUACGUGUACUUCUACUUACAAUUAGCCAUGUACUUACUUAUGCCAUAUGUACUAUAUAUCGUAACUUAUAUAUUUUGUGACUGUCUAAGCUGCGUUUAGGCCACGCGGCGUAUGCGUUAUUUAACUAAAUUACUAAAUUACUUAAAUAGCGGCGCAUUCGUUUUCUUUCCUUAGCCAUUAAGUGAACUUGACUUACUUAAGCUACAUAUAUCUAGGUUAAGUGCAGGUCCUAGAGAGCUGCUUAGAUCUUAUCGAGGCCAUCGAUAAACUUAGACCUUAGACGGCGAUCGUAAUAAUACUAACUUAAUGUCUUAGACACCUGGCGACUUUUCUAGAACGUAAGAAUGUAACAAAACCGAACGAUGUUUCAAAUUAAACAAGCAAAAAAGUCAUCAGCUCCAUAGGAAACACUCAUUUAUGUUUUAAAACGGAUUCUCUUGUAUAUCGAACAUUUACUUACAACUUACUUACGUAAACUCAUAUCUAAUAGCUGUUCAAACCUAAAAAGGCGUAUUUACCUAGACCCGCAGCCCAAAAGCGAAUCGGAUUCAAACCUAGCAAAUGUAUCGAAUUAGCGAUUAAGUUGGAUUAAGUAAGCCAGCCGAAGGAGGCCAAGCAAGUACUAGAAAUGCGAUGUGUGUAACGAAGUUUAGUUUUGAAAAAUUGAUGACCGGACUGGGCAGAUGCCAGCGUAGCGGCCGGACAGCUGUCGGAGUGUAAUUUUCCGAAAUGGAUCAUGGAUAAUGGAUAACGGAUGUGCAAUGCACUCGGGCCAAUUACAGGGCCCUGGCAAAUUACGGCUCAGACAGCUGAUGGCGAUGCCCCAACUACUCGUCGUCUCCCAGUUCGAGUACUGAUAUACGUACAAACACAUAUUGUUUGCCCAUAGCCAUUAAUAUUUGACUAAACUCGAAACUAGCUAUUUAUUAUACAUGCAUAAAUAACCACAUACACACAUCUAUUGCAUUACGAUAAGCGCAUUAAGCGCUCAAAUUCAAAUUUCAAAUUCAAAUUCGAAUCAAACUCAAAUUCAAAUUCAACUCUAGUUAAAUCCAGUGUAACAUUAGCCUAAGUUGCAACAAUCGAGCGAUGGUAUAAACAGGAAACGAGCCCACAUUCAGCCCUUCGAUGCCCAAGAUGAACGAACGACACAGAGAAAUUGAUGUGGAAAGGGCAGAGAAAUGGCCGAGAAAUGCUGGGAAAGCGAAGCGAAAGUGACCCCGGCCGAAGCAAAAUUUAUACAAACACUUUGAUUAACCUCUAAUAGCUGUUAACCUUCCUAUAUUCUCCCCUUCAGUUGUAGUGUUUAUCUAGCCCACAUAUUUAUAGUUUUGUGUGCGUUUAGUUCCGAUUUGAAUUUUUCUUCUUAAGUUCUCCUCAUAUAUUAGUGGUGGUGAGGGGCAAUGGCCUGGAGAUAUGGAGCAUUUUUGUAGAAAUGCACAACGGCAGGCCUUAGAAUUGCCCCCCACUCGAAAGAUUAAAAUUAAACAAAUUUAUAUAUUAGCCAAUUAUUCAAAUUUAUACUCUUAGCAUAGAUACUAAAUGUCUUAGAUUAUAACUACGUACAUAUCUAAUAAGUGUUUAGAAUUGUGUCAUUUCUACGGUAUAUCGAACAAAUGUAACUCUACUUAUAUAAACAUAGCUCAAAUCAAGGCUGUUAUUGCAGAAAAUGACUACAAAAUGGGGCAGAAUUUAUUCCCCCACUAGUUAUGCACUGAAAAAAAAGGAGUCGAGUGCAGUCGCAAAACAUUUCUUAGAACUUAAAACAUAUAAUAAAUAUUUAGUAUGUAGCGGCAGUUUUUUAGUUGCCACUCACACUUUAAUAGAACUUUAAGUACACAACGAUUAUAGUAAAGCAGUCGCUCAUAUUUACACUCUAUAACAAUUAGUCCUGAUAUAAUCAAUCCGAUACUCUUUUGUUUGAAUUCAUUAGCUCUGAUAUAAUCGUGUGAGUGUCAGUAAUUAUCUGUUUUAUGCCUUUCUUUUCUGUGCUCUCUCUUGUUUUCCAUGCGACU